GUGCUUGGGGAGCCAUAGGUCGUGGCACCGGAUGUCGCCGAGGCCGUUUCCUGCUGGCUCCGUGGCAGGCGGCGGUGGUAGGCAGGCCGCGACAGGGAGCAGAGAUGGUGCUGCUGACCAUGAUCGCCCGCGUGGCGGACGGGCUGCCGCUCGCCGCCUCCAUGCAGGAGGACGAGCAGUCAGGCCGAGACCUGCAGCAGUACCAGAGUCAAGCGAAGCAGCUCUUCCGCAAGCUGAACGAGCAGUCCCCCACGAGAUGCACUCUUGAAGCAGGUGCCAUGGCUUUCCACUACAUCAUUGAAAAAGGAGUGUGUUACCUGGUCCUGUGCGAAGCUGCAUUCCCCAAGAAGCUGGCUUUUGCAUAUCUGGAAGACUUGCAUUCAGAGUUUGAUGAGCAGCAUGGCAAGAAGGUGCCAACAGUCUCCAGGCCCUAUUCCUUCAUUGAAUUUGACACCUACAUCCAGAAAACCAAGAAGCUGUACAUUGACAGCCGGGCGAGGAGGAACCUGGGCUCCAUCAACACAGAGCUGCAAGAUGUGCAGAGGAUCAUGGUGGCCAACAUCGAGGAAGUCUUACAGCGAGGAGAAGCACUUUCAGCUCUUGAUUCCAAGGCCAACAGCUUGUCCAGUUUGUCCAAGAAGUAUCGUCAGGAUGCGAAGUAUCUGAACAUGCGUUCCACUUACGCCAAACUUGCAGCCGUAGCUGUGUUCUUUAUCAUGUUGAUCGUCUAUGUGAGAUUCUGGUGGCUGUGAGCCAGUUGCAGUGACAGAAGAGGGAAAGCCAGUAGCCUGGCAGGUGUAUGUGUGCAGGACACUGUUCACGGGGGAUGUGCAUUAGAAUCCGCAUAGGGCCACCACCUUGGUGGGAGCAUCCUGACAUUGUUAGGUGACACCUGACUAUUACACCUCUCAGUGAAGCCUAACAACGAAGGCUUGUUGACUACAGGCUUUCCCUUGGAGGCAGUUUGCACUAGGGUACUGCAGGGUAUGGCUUCCACAGACCUGCCCCCCUCCUGGGGACACACUCUGGGAACAGUCACGGUUGAGCAUAAUCGCCUUGUACAUCCUCCUGUUGAGUAGCUCUAGUUGGAACUGGACUCUAAUGAACAUUCCUUGUGUUGGCCAUGUCUACUGUUUUAGAAUCUGGGUCUGCAGUUCUUUCUUUUUUAAAGACAAGACUCCCCCGUUUAAGGCAAAUACUGCACUGUAUAGAGUAGCUUUCACCUCUGUUAGAAUAGCUGUUGUUUUCUGUGUCUGACAUCUUUGCUUGUUACACUUCAAAUUGCUUUAAGAGGAAAUGGAUAUUAAAUUAUGCCUUAAAAUACAUUCUGCCUAGAAGUAGGAGGGACAAUUAAAGGCUUCAAUGUUACCAGUUCCUACAAAAUUAAUCUACAAGUUUGUAAGCUCCACUUUCCCUCUCCUGACAGUUCUGUAUGACUGGCUCUGUAUGUUUCUGUGUAAACAAGAUAGGUAAUUCAAGUGCUGUGGGAGCAAGCACAGUGCAAACUGUGUCAGCACUCUGUUUUUCCGUUUUAUCUGCAGAUUCGCUACUUUAUUUCCUUCAUUUCUGUAACUGUGUUUGCCUUCUACAAUCUGUCAAAACUGCCAGCAUUUCAUCUCUGGGAUGCUUGUUUUCUUUCUUUCCCCCACAAAAAAUAACCAAAAUACCAAAUGAAUGUUGUUGUGAAGAAAAAGCAGUGUUUCCUUAAACAACACCAUAACUGUACGGGAAGGAUUCAAAGGGAUAAUUUUAAAGCAGGGAAAUCCUUUGGAAAUGCCAUCUUUUUUUUCCAUGGUCACCCUCUCCCUAUCUCACUUGGGAAGCUGAAACUAAGUGAAGAAAAAUGCAUCAUGGGGCAGUACUGUAUGGCUUCUUUCUCAUGGGCCAAUCUAUAGAUUUUCAUUAUAAUGUGAUGAUUUUAUUUUUUUUGUUCACCUGUGCUAAGAAUAACAUUUUACCAGUCAGCUUUUGUUUUUAUUCAAAACAAAAGAAAAAAUAAACCCCAGAGCUCAAGCACUCUUCUGCAUUCAAGCACCUGCCGCUUGGUAGGAAGCGGCCAGUGUCACAGAAGGAAGCUUCAGGACUCCCCAGCACCUUUUACAAGCACAAAACCUUGAGUAGUUCUGGAAGUAUAAGCUGUGACCUGGAAGUGUUUCCAGGAAACAGAGAGUUAUUGUCCUGUCUGGGAACACCCCCAGCUUUGCACCAUUGGACAGGCAGGGAAGUAGCAGGCACUCGUCCACCAAUACACUGGCAAAUCUGACCUACCGUGUAGUGUAAAAUCAUCUGGUGUCUGCAUGAUGCCUCCAAGUGUUACUUUGUAGAUUGCCUUAGCAUUAUGAUUAUCAUUAUUUUUAAUCCUUUUAAGUUGUGUCUCUAACAGGUGAAUGUCCCGGUGAUGUAGGCCUGCAUGAGCAAACACUGUGACCGUAUGUGGGUUGUUUAGACUGAGGGGACUGACACUUCUGCAGUGAGGUGCCGCUAGGCAAGCAGUUGCCUCCAGCAGCCCCACUGUCAGCAGUGAAAUAAAUGCUUCUGGAAAAUC